AUGGACCUUCGCGACCUUCCCAGCAUCGACUCCCUCGACGGGGAGAAGAGAGUGGCUUGGUUGAUAGAAGGUCAGCUUGUUGAUGGCGUCAUCAAUUUUCGAGAUUGCUUGGGAUCAUUAACUGCUCGCCGACUCGCUGAAGCUUUGUCGAAACCACGCUAUCGGAAUACUACAACUAUCAACAGACAAGAACAAGACAAUGCCCGAGAAAUGAACCUGGAUAAAGAAACACCAGCUUUUGAUGCUGAGCGUCGCCUACUGUAA